CGACUCGAGGACGGAUCGUUAAUAAUUUAAGCGAAUUAUCGAUAAGACCAUUUACUUAUUGUUAAAUGUGCCGUUGGAGUCGGAGUUUUGUCUAUAUAUGUCAAAUUCCGAAAUGGUCAUUUAUCUUGAGCUAUCCUGCAGAUUUGUGGAACAAAGGAUCCUGAAUUCGAUCGAAUCUAUAUUAUAUUAGCUAACGCUCCUUUAAUUUUUUCAUCACUUUCGGCAUUAACGAUAUAUAUGAGACGACGAUAAAACUAAAAGAGGACCCAUAAGUACAGCUAGCUGUUUAUCUGAAAAAAUCAUAUACACAUACGUAAACAAUACCUAAAUAAUUCAUGAGUUUUAAUCGACCAAUCCUAUUUCAUUAAUUCGGCCAAUUAAUUUUGAUGCAAUCGAUGAAUUCUUUUUCUUUCCGAAAUUUAUGAAAAAGAAUAUGUGACGUUAGCGAUCGUCGAUAUAUGAACACGAUAUUAUUCACCGCACGCAUGCGCAGAAAUACAUGGGCACAAUUUAAUGGAGGAUACGCAUCAUGGAUACAUGUAGUAUAAAAUUCUAGGAUUUCUAGGUUGCCCAGGUGGAAACAAGUGGACGCGAGACGCGACUCGUUGUUCCGUAGUGCUCUAUCCUCUAUUGUGUAUCAAUUGCCUGUUACGUACGUGAGCAUAAGAUAUCUGAUAUUGUGACGGUUUAGUUAGCGAGAACAGUAGAUACGCAGCAUUGUUACGAAGCUGCGACCACGAAGCAGAACGGACGGGAGAUUCUCUACGGUGGCGUUAAGUCGGAAGCGUUGACAUGGGGUCCAACAAACGACACAAAACCGAGAAGUCUCGCGAUGCUAAGAAGAAACGUCAUCGCAGUCGCUCGAGAAGUUAUACACCCGAUCGCGAGAAGUCGGAGAAGCAUAGGCACCAUAAGAAACACCGGAGGAAAGAGCGCAAGGAUUAUGACAGCGAUGUUGAAAUUGUUAAUGCUCCACCACCACCAAAAAUAUCAAAGUCGUCACAUCCGUCAACGCCUCCACCACCUGAAAUCUCUAAGCAGCAUAGUCCAUCUCCUGCCAAAGGUGGGGCGUCGCAAACCUCAUUAUCAAUUGAAGAAACCAACAAGAUUCGCGCAAAGUUAGGGUUAAAACCACUGGAAGUGGACAGUACAUCCAAAGAUGACCCUAGUAAAAUCAAAGAUGACCUGGGCGAGUUUUACCAUAAACCUGCACCCAACAAUAGUGAUAAAAUAAAGGCGCAGAAGCUGAGAGAGAAGAUAAGCAUUCAGAAAGAAAAGAGACAGAUUGAUGCAAAUUUGUCGAAAACGAAAACUUUGGGUGAAUGUGAUUCGGACGAUGAUACUCGAGCAUGGAUCAGCAAAUCUAGACAGCUAGAAGAAGAAAAGAAGAAAGCGGAAAUGAGAGCAAAGAUGUUGGAUCAAUUGGAUGAGGAGUUUGGAAUUGGUAAUUUGGUUAAAGAGGAUAUGCAUACUACCCGUAAUGCCGCAUAUACAGGGAAAGAUUUAAAAGGCCUUAAAGUUGAACACAAUAUUGAUACAUUUGAGGAAGGCAAAACUGUAAUUUUAACAUUGAAAGAUCAAGAAGUAUUAAAUGACAGUGGUGAUUUACUUGUAAAUGUGAAUAUUGUUGACAAUGAACGUUACAAACGUAGUGUUAUCAAUAAGCUUAAAAAACCUACGUAUGAUCCAUAUGCUGACGAAAAUUUGGACGAAUAUGGAUUCCCUAAAAAUAAGAUUUUAGAAAAGUACGAUGAGGAAAUCGAUGGUGAGAAAAAAGACAAUUUUGUGUUGGGCACUAAUAAUGCGGUUGAAUUUAAACGACGUCAGAUGGAGACAGUAAAGCAACGUUUAGCGAAUAAAAAAUUGGAAACUCUACAAAUGGCAGAACCGAAAUUAGCAAGCGAAUAUUACAAUGAAGAGGAACUUGCAAAAUUCAAGAAACCAAAGAAGAAGAUUCGGAAAAUUAGAACAAAAAAGAAACUAAAGGCUGAUGAUCUGGUUCCUGUGGAUAAUGAUUAUCUUAGAGAUCUUGGAAGUAGGAGAAAAAAAAGACUGGAAGAUUCAAAGGAUAAUGAUACUUUAGAUGUCGACGAUUUAGAAGCUCCAGAGGAAGACCUUACUGGGAUAAAACUUGAAGAAGACGAUAAGGAAUUAGAGUUACAAUUGGCUUUAAAGAAAACUCAACGUUUGAAGGAGGGACAUUUAUCUGAGAUUCAGAAAACCGUUGAAACAAUAAAGCAGGAAAUUCUUAACUCUGAAGAAAAUCAAUCUGGGAAUAUCGUUCUUAAUUCUACUGCAGAAUUUUGUAGAACUUUGGGUGAUAUACCUACUUAUGGACUCGCUGGAAAUAGAGAGGAAAAUGGACAAGAACUCAUGGAUUUUGAAGUGGACGAAAUUAAAGAUGAGCCACCUGCAAACGAAGAAGAGGAUGAUGGCCGUGGUGCCUGGAACACAGUACAUUUAGACGAGAACAUUUCGGAACCAGUUGUAAUGGAGGCAGCAAUUCUAGAUGCCGAGCCAUCACUCGGUCAUGGGGUAGGUGGAGCUUUAAAAUUAGCUAUGAGUAAAGGUUACUUGCAGAAAGAGGACAGCAAUCGCCCCUCGGCGUCACGAUUUGCACAUUUGCAAGCUCAGAAUUAUUCAAUAGAGGACAAGACAUACGGGGAUGACGACAAGUUUGGCAGAAGAGAUCGCUUUAACGGACCAACAUCCGAUUUUAAGGAAAAAGACGGAUUCAAACCAAACGUUAAGCUGGAAUAUAUUGAUGAUGAUGGACACGUUUUGUGCGCUAAGGAAGCUUUUCGAUAUCUGUCGCACAAGUUUCAUGGAAAAGGUCCAGGAAAAAAUAAGGUGGAGAAAAGAAUGAAGAAAGCCGAACAAGAAGUUUUAAUGAAACGAAUGUCUUCGACAGAUACACCUUUAGGUACAUUAAAUUUAUUGCAAGCGAAACAAAAGGAAACACAAUCACCGUAUAUAGUGCUCAGUGGCAGUAAACAGAUGCAAACGACUAGUAUAGCUAAAACAAAACAUUAAGGACAUUAAAUAAACGCUAGUAAAUGCAUACAAGAAUAAAAAUGUAUAUAAUCUUACAUAUAUAAUGUAGCAUCUGGAAAUAAAAGUUAAACUCGCAAUUUAAUUUGAAGAUUAUAAACUGCUCGUGAAAAAAAAAAACGUUUACGUAUUUUUCUCAAUUAAUGAAUUAAGAGCAUAAUAAAUACUCGGCAAGUUUACAACUAAAAAAAAUCAAGUUUUAUGCCUGCAUAGCUUAUUUGAUUGUAACGUAUCAUUGAAAAAGCAACAGUGAAAGUAUAAUUUUAUAGAUAUUACUUUAUAUACAAUAAAGCAUACAGAUACAUGAA